CGAAGGAGCACAUCGAUAAAUAUGCUUUCGCAAAUCACCCGGAACGUCCUCGCGUCAAGUGUCUCUGUGUUGUUGAAGCAGUCGUUACGUGAAACUCAGAGUCGGACAUGGAGCCGUGCUGUUCACAUCAGUCAGUACCGGGGUAAGAAAAAUGACAAGAACGACAAACCAUCAGCCCUCGUUCUCCAUGCCUUUGCGAAUAUCGAGAACAAGGAGAGGGAGACCUUCCUGGACAUCCUGCGCCAGUAUAAGAACAACAAUGAGAUGAGACGUGGUCACGUGGAGUUCAUUCAGGUGGCCCUCAAGUACAUGGAUGAAUUCGGCGUGAACCGAGAUCUGGCGGUAUAUAAGUCUCUCCUGGACGUGCUGCCCAAGGGCAAGUUUGUCCCGCGCAACUACUUCCAGGACAUAUUCAUGCACUACCCCAAACAGCAGGAAGUCGCUGUCCAUCUGCUCUGCAAGAUGGAGCACAACUCUGUGAUGCCAGACUCGGAGAUGGAGGAUAUGUUGCUGAAUAUCUUUGGGAAACAUGGGUUGCCAUUGAAGAAAUUCUGGAGGAUGGUAUACUGGAUGCCCAAGUUUGCCAAUCUGAAUCCUUGGCCUUGUCCGAGGCCAGCACCCAAAGAUCCGCUAGUGCUUGCUAGACUUGCAAUGAAUAAGAUAUCCAGUGUGGAUGUGCAGACCAAGAUUACAGAGUUUAAGACCAAGGACAUAGAGGAUGCCAUUGAUAACACGUGGAUCGUAUCUGCAAUGAGUAGUGUGCAGGAGGAACUUCUGCAAACCCACUCCCCUAAUAAUCCAAUUUUUGUUGAAGGACCAUACACAGUUUGGGUUGCAGAUCAGUGUAUAGAUUAUUUUGUCCUGAGGGGAGAGGCCAAAGAAAAGAAAAAUGAUUAUGAAAAUCCUGAUGAUGUUUCAGAUAUUAAAAUACCUUUCUGGGACAAAAAAGAAAUAAUUCCUGCUCCUACGGUCCACGAGCAAAGCGACGGCACAUAUUUCGCAAUGUGCGCCACUGGCACAUCCUCGAAGGAUUCUUUGCUAUCUUGGAUACGAUGUUUGCAAAAGACGAAUCCUAUUUUAAAUGUAAUUCCAGUGGUAUUCAAAUUAUCAUCGUCUAUGAAAGAUCCAUUAUACAUCGAUAAAGAUGAAAAUGAUGAUAAAAACGAAAUAGUGCAAAGGGACAAUCGAUAGAAAAGUGUAAAUUAUUAGAUCAUUAAAGAAUUAUAUAGAAACGAUGAUAAAUAAUCUCACUUAUGUAAUAAAUUGACAGGCGUUUCUGUAGAUAGCGUAUAUAAAAAAAUAUAACGUUUUUAUGCGUUUGACGUCACUUUCUAUUUAAUAGUUCAAUCUACUCAAUAGAUUCUAAGUUUACUUUUAAUAAUAAUUAUAAAUAUAAAAAUAAAUAAAUAUUUAAUAAUUUCUAUAUUUAAAUAAAUUAAUAUUUCUGUAUAUUAAUAUUUCUAUAUAUUGCUUUUAACUUACCGUUUAUUUUUACAAUCAAAAAGAUCUUUAUUUCCGUGGCUAUAAAAAAUAUUUAUUCGUCAAUUAAUUUUAAAAGUCUCAUGUUUAAAGCAAAACGCAUAAUCUUGUUAUACAUAUAACUUAUGUUGCAAAGAAUUACUAUAAUGUAAUAAUAAAUAAAUAAUUAAGAUAAUA